UAAUGGUAAAGUUGUUUUGUAUAACCUAUAGAUUCAAGCUUCAAGUCGUGUUCUUUAGUCAUUCAUGUUUGUGUCAGGAUAAGUUGUUUAUAUCACACCUUCUAAGGAUGUGGUCCUUUCCGAACCUAUGUGAACGUGGGAUAAUUUCUGCACUGAGCUGCCAAACUAUAGUAUAGUAUAUCACAUAUAUAACACUAACACAGAUGAGAUGAUCCGCGAGACUAUAGAAGACGUUGGAUUUCAGUCUAAUAAGUUGAGUGAAGAGGAGAUGCAUCAUGAGAAGUCCUCACAAGUAUGCAGGAUUCAAGUGAAUGGAAUGACUUGUACUUCAUGCUCCACAACUCUUGAAUCAGCAUUGCAGGUAAUCCCUGGUGUACAAAAAGCACGAGUCGCGUUAGCAACUCAAGAAGCUGAAAUCUGUUAUGAUCCUAAAAUAGUUGAGUGUAAUCAGUUGUUGGAAGCUAUUGGAAAUACAGGAUUUGAAGGCAUAUUGAUUAGUACAGGAGGAGAUAGUAGUCGAAUACUGCUUAAAGUUGAUGGAGUUGAUACUGAGAAUUGUGUUAAACUGAUACAGAAUUCCCUUCUUGCAAUACAAGGAGUUCAAGAAAUAGACUUUGACCUGCAGCUCAAGAAGUUAUCGGUCUCUUAUACAGCAGAUGUAACAGGACCUAGAGACUUUAUUCGCGCUAUUGAAUCAACUGAAUCAGGAUGUUUCAAGGCAUGUAUAUUUCCUCAGGGAAGAGAAAGAGAAGAACAUAGACAACACGAAAUCAGGCAAUAUUAUAAAGCGUUUAUUUGGAGUUUAGCAUUUACAAUUCCUGUGUUUUUUACUUCCAUGGUGUUUAUGUACAUUCCUGGUCUGAAGAAUGUUUUGGAGACUAAGGUUGCCAACAUGCUAACCGUUGGACAGGUUGUGAGAUGGGUAUUAUCUACACCAGUACAGUUCAUCAUUGGUCGAAAAUUCUAUGUUGGUGCUUAUAUUGCCUUAAGCCAUGGUUAUGCUAACAUGGAUGUUCUUAUUGCAUUAGGAACAAAUGCAGCAUAUUUUUAUUCAGUCUAUUCUGUACUAAGAGCUGCUACUUCUCCAACUUUCAAAGCCAGUGACUUUUUCGAGACUAGCUCGAUGCUUAUCUCGUUCAUUCUACUAGGAAAAUAUUUGGAAGUUUUGGCUAGAGGAAAGACAUCUGAGGCCAUUGCCAAGCUUAUGGAUUUAGCCCCAAAGACUGCAACACUGCUAACUCUAGAUGACAAAGGCAAUGUGCUGAAUGAGGAAGAAGUUGAUAGCCGAUUGAUACAAAAGAACGAUGUGAUUAAAACCAUUCCAGGCUCGAAAGUAGCCUGUGAUGGUCUUGUCAUCCGGGGACAAAGCCAUAUAAACGAAAGCAUGAUAACAGGAGAAUCUCGUCCGGUCACUAGAAAGACGGGUGACAUGGUGAUUGGAGGGACUUUAAAUGAGAAUGGGGUGUUACACAUCAAGGCAACAAGGGUUGGGUCAGAAACUGCUCUAUCGCAGAUUGUUCGGUUGGUUGAAUCAGCACAAAUGGCUAAAGCUCCUGUGCAAAGAUUUGCUGAUCACAUUUCCAAAUACUUUGUGCCUAUUGUCAUUGCUCUCUCAUUUUGUACUUGGGUUUCUUGGUUUUUAGCUGGAACUUUUAAUUCUUAUCCAAGAACUUGGAUUCCUUCUUCCAUGGAUAGCUUUGAGCUUGCCCUGCAGUUUGGCAUUUCUGUUAUGGUGGUAGCUUGCCCCUGUGCGCUCGGCCUAGCUACUCCCACGGCAGUUAUGGUUGGUACUGGAGUUGGCGCUUCCCUUGGUGUCCUUAUUAAAGGUGGUCAGGCAUUGGAAAGUGCACAAGAGGUAAACUGUAUAGUUUUUGACAAGACUGGCACUCUUACUAUUGGCAAACCUAUGGUUGUCAAUACUAGGCUUUUCAAAAUUAUGGUACCUCAAGAAUUCUAUGAACUUAUUGCUGCUGCUGAGGUAAAUAGUGAUCACCCCUUAGCCAAAGCAAUUGUUGAGUACGCGAAAAAAUUAAGAGGAGGUGAGGAGAACCUUGCCUGGCCUGAAGCCUCGGACUUCGAGUCGAUAACUGGCCAUGGUGUGAAAGCUAUCAUCUGUAACAAAGAAGUGAUUUUGGGGAAUAAAAGCUUGAUGAUGGAGCAAGGCAUUGCCAUUCCAGUUGAAGCUGAAGAAGCAUUAGCAGAAGCAGAAGGACAGGCUCAAACCGGCAUACUUGUAUCUAUCGAUAAAGAGCUGAUUGGUGUUCUUUCUGUUUCUGAUCCGUUGAAGCCAGAGGCUCCAGAAGUCAUCUCCAUUCUCAAAUCCAUGAACGUUGAGAGCAUGAUAGUAACUGGUGACAACUGGGGAACAGCAAAUGCUAUAGCCAAGCAGGUUGGAAUUGAGAGGAAAAAUGUUGUUGCAGAAGCCAAACCUGAACAGAAAGCUGAAAAAGUGAAGGAACUACAGGAUUUAGGCAAAGUUGUGGCAAUGGUAGGAGAUGGAGUUAAUGACUCACCGGCACUUGUGGCUGCUGAUGUAGGAAUAGCAAUUGGUGCAGGUACAGAUAUAGCAAUCGAGGCAGCUGACAUUGUUCUUAUGAAAAGUAGCUUGAAAGAUGUAAUAACAGCAAUCGAUCUUUCUAAGAAAACAUUCCGGAGAAUCCAUCUCAACUACUUCUGGGCUUUGGGAUAUAAUCUCCUCGGCAUCCCAAUUGCUGCUGGCGUCCUGUUCCCAUCUACUCAUUUCCGCUUACCACCAUGGAUUGCCGGGGCUGCAAUGGCUGCCUCUUCAGUCAGUGUAGUUUGCAGCUCUCUUCUGCUGAAAAACUACAAGAAACCUAAGAAACUGAAUACUCUUGACUUACAAGGUAUCACAGUUGAGUAAUUCUUGGCUGUUAACUUAGCAGUUAACAAAACUGUCUAAAUUUUUGUCCACUGGGAGAAAAGAUACAGUCAAUGGAUUAUUUACUGGUAAA